CUCUUUCAAACCCCGACUUCUAGAGAGAGAAGACCACCUAGCGAAGUCCUCUGCCAUCAAACUUUAAUUUAGCAACAUUGAAAUGUUAAAGAUUUCUUAUCAAGCAAUCGCAGAGAUGUCCAGUAAUGGUAUUUAAAGAUUAAGAAAACUGCACUUAUUUUGCUCCUAAUAGACAACUGGUUUUAGGGAGUAAAAAUGGCAGGAGCAGCACAAGCAGGAGGAACUGGAGCAGCAAUUGGAGUGUCAUCUUCACCAGCUACUGGAGGAGGAGGAAAAAGGGGAAGAGCAGCUGCGGCUGCGGCAGCAGCAGCCUCAGGAGCAGCAGGGGGAGGAAUUGGAGGGGCUGCUAAUGCCAAUGCAAAUGCUGCAGGAGGAGGAGGAGGAGCCAACGGGGAGAGUGGCUCUACUGGAACACCCCCGGUUCUAUUGGGCCCAACUCUUCAGGUUCACAAUUCCUUUGCAGAUCAGAACAGUAAAAGAAUUGUCAUGGCGCUGCAGAGUGGACUAAAGAGUGAGCUGACUUGGGCCUUAAACAGUCUUACAUUAUUGUCAUUCAAAGAAAAGGAUGAUGUUCGAAAAGAUGCUACCCCUCUUGCAAAGCUACCUGGAGUUCUGGAUGCUCUUUUACAAGUUAUUGAUGAUUGGCGUGAUAUUGCACGCCCAAGGAUGUCUGCAAAACUGAUAAGACCUAGGCUUUUGGGAGCAAAUAGUGCCUUUACAGGAUUUGGAUUUGAAUAUGAAACAAUAAGUCCAAAUGAUCCACUAUCUCGAGUCAGGCUAGGACCUGAUGCUGUGACUUCAGAGAAUACAGGAGAUGGUAAUGAAAGCAGGGGUUCAGAUUGGUGGUAUGAUGAAGAGGGAUUGUUUAACCUAGAUGAGGAGGGCCGUGCAGAGAGGCAGCAAUGUGCUGUUGCUGCUUCAAAUGUUAUACGCAAUUUUUCUUUUAUGCCAGAAAAUGAGACAGUAAUGGCUCAACAUCGCCACUGUCUUGAAACUGUAAUUCAAUGCAUGGAAGACCGUGACACUGAGGACGAGGAACUUGUCACAAAUGCAAUUGAGACAAUUGUCAAUUUGGCACCGUUUUUGAAUUUGCGAAUCUUCAGUUCGUCAAAGCCAUCACAGCACCCCCACAUAACUGAAAAGAAGGCAGUUGAAGCAAUUGUGGGAAUGCUGAAGUCGCCAGUCAAAGCCUGGCACUGUGCUGCUGCUGAGUUGUUGGGAAGACUGAUAGUCAAUCCAGAUAAUGAACCUUUUAUUAUUCCUUUUGUACCUCAGAUAUACAAGCGCUUAGUUGACCUUCUGAGUUUUCUAGGAGCAGAUGCACAGGCAGCAGCUGUAGCAGCCCUAUACAACUUUGCAGAGGUCAAUAUGGAUUGUCGACUGAGGCUUGUCAAUGAGCGAUGGGCAAUAGGAAGACUUUUAAAGAUAAUACAAUCACCUCAUCCACUGUUAGAAGUAUGCAGGAAAGCAGCACUGACAUUGGAAAAUUUAGCAUGUGAACCUCAAAACAGAUCUCAGCUUAUGACUUAUGAAAGCACAUUUGCUGAAAUUGCUUUCUCAGAUGCACGACUCUCUGAUACAUUUGCAAGAAUUUUGUUUGAGCUGACAUCAAAGGCUAACUCCAAACUAGGGACUGCAAGGGGAGUGUGGGGCUUGUAGCUUGUGGUAUCUUUGAAAUGUUACUUUUUUGAAGCAUGUAAUCUGUUUAGUGGGCUGUAUAUUUCUCAAGCAUUGUAAUGGAACCAUAUCAUAAAAUAAUCUGAUAUUAUUUGUUGCUAAUCUUGCAAUUGUUUUCUUCACACAAUCUCAAAAUGAACAAAGCAUGUAUUUGUUCAUCAACAAAGAAUAUUCAAAAUUUUGUGA